CGGCGGGCCGCGCGUGCGCCGUAAGAGCCCGGUGGGGGCGGGAGCUGUGGCUGCUGAGGUUAACGAUAGCAGAGGUUGAAAACGCCGCCCUCGUUUCUGCGGUUCUCCCAGCUGUCUCGCCAUGGCCGGCGGCAUCACGGAUACGGGAGAGCUCUACUCUCCGUAUGUUGGUCUGGUUUACAUGUUCAACCUCAUUGUUGGGACAGGAGCCCUAACCAUGCCAAAGGCGUUUGCAACUGCAGGGUGGCUCGUCAGCCUCGUUCUCCUCAUGUUCCUGGGCUUUAUGAGCUAUAUGACUACUACUUUUGUGGUGGAAGCCAUGGCUGCUGCAAAUGCCCAGCUGCGAUGGAAGAGAAUGGAAAAACGCAAGGAGGAUGAUGAGGAUGAGGAUUCUUCUUCUGGAGUGUCUGACAGUGAUGUUCUCCUCCGAGAUAGCUACGAGCGAGCAGAGACGCGGCCCAUCCUGUCCGUUCAGAGACGCGGAUCACCAAAUAUCUUUGAAAUCACAGAAAGAGUGGAGAUGGGCCAGAUGGCUUCCAUGUUCUUCAAUAAAGUGGGUGUCAACCUCUUCUAUUUCUGCAUCAUUAUCUACCUCUAUGGGGACCUGGCAAUCUAUGCAGCGGCUGUGCCAGUCUCUCUCAUGCAGGUGACCUGCAGUGCCAUUGGCAACCAUUCCUGCAGUGUUGGAGAUGGCACAAAGUAUAAUGAUACAGACAAGUGCUGGGGGCCAAUUCGAAGGAUUGAUGCUUACAGGCUGUAUCUGGCAGCAUUCACUCUUCUCUUGGGUCCUUUUACCUUCUUCAAUGUGCAGAAGACCAAGUAUCUUCAGAUCGUGACGUCUCUGAUGAGAUGGAUAGCUUUCAUCCUCAUGAUAAUUCUGGCCCUCAUCCGCAUCGGCAGAGGCCAAGCAGAAGGUCACCCGUCCGUGGCCCAGCUGUCGGGCAUCCGCAACCUCUUUGGGGUGUGCGUCUACUCCUUCAUGUGCCAGCACUCCCUGCCGUCCCUCAUCACGCCCAUCUCGAAGAAGAGGCACGUCAACAAGCUUGUGCUGCUCGAUUACAUCCUGAUCCUGGCUUUCUACAGCCUCCUGUCCUUCACUGCCAUUUACUGCUUUCGCAACGACACCCUCAUGGACAUGUACACGCUCAACUUCACCAACUGUGAGAUCAUCAACGUCGCCUUCAUUCGCUACUUCUUGGGCCUCUUCCCCGUCUUCACCAUCAGCACCAACUUCCCCAUCAUCGCGGUGACCCUGCGCAACAACUGGAAGACCCUCUUCCACAGAGAAGGGGGGACCUACCCCUGGCUGGUGGACAGGAUCGUCUUCCCCGCCAUCACGCUGGUCCCCCCGGUGCUGGUGGCUUUCUGCACCCACGAUCUGGAGUCCUUGGUGGGGAUCACGGGAGCCUACGCUGGGAACGGGAUCCAGUACCUCAUCCCAGCCUUCCUGGCGUACUGCAGUCGGAAGGACACCCAGCUGGUCUUCGGCAGCGGGGCGCUGAACAAACACCUCUCCCCUUUCCGGCACACCUUCUGGAUAGUGUUCGUACUCAUAUGGGGCUUUUCUUGCUUUGUGUUUGUGACUGCAAACAUCGUCCUGAGCGAGUCUAAAUUCUGAGGUGGGGGUAAGGGCCGUGCUCCCUCUGGGGCUCCGUGGACUUCCACCUCACCGGGACUUUGAGGGGAAAGAGGCGGUGUGAAGGGGAGCCUCCGGGCCGUCGGUGGUGCAGGUUGGACCUGGACACAGACUUUCUUCGCUCCACACUGAGUGCGGACGGAUCGGGCUCAGCCUCGUCAUCCCGGUGCUCAGACCCAGUGUCCAAGCAGCCUGCACGCCAAACCAGUGUCCAGCCAUUUCUGCCUUCAGCUCUGUUUGAGCACCACUCUGUUCUUACGCUGACUGUCUCCUGAUGCUGCAGGUUUCAGUGCGAGGAGAGCAGGCGGCCUUGGCUGCUCACUACAGUAAUCAGCUCCAUGUUCUUCCUCCCCUGGGCAGGGGCUCGCCACGUGCAGUCCUGCGGGAGUUUGGGGGCAAGGAGUCUCUUCUGUCUGCUGAGACCCCUGCCAGCCAACCUCCUGUGCCAAUUUAGGGAGGAAGGGAGAGUUUGGUGUGGGAAUAGUCCUGGCUCUGAAGGCCUUGUGCUCUGUUACACUCGUGUUUUUAUUUUUUUCCAGAGAUAUUAACCUGUUUGUGCUCUGGGGAAGGAUUGCCCGCUUAUCAGAGCUGGAUUUCUCCAGGCCAAGAGUUCAUUGUCACACUUCUCACCCUGUUCUCCUUUGCUCUGGCAGCUCCAACCCCAUGGAGGAGUGCAGGGGUUUUGCUCUUCCUUCUGGGAAGGAAAGUGCAGCCUUGCUUCCGUUGCCUCCCGCAUGCUGCUCAGUGAAUCCAGCUGGCAGAGCCCUUUUCCAUUUCAUACAGUGCAGGCCAGAGCCCAGCUGCAGUGCUCAGGGUUUGUGUGGGCCAGGAAGGUGCUCAUUACCCAGUCCUGACACGUGUUAGGCCUGCAAGAGCUCUGGCUGUGCAGGCUGAUGUGUUUCCAGCCUCCUGUGCCGGGUAAUUAGCCUUGAAACACGGUGGGUGUUAACUCAAGGGAUGGGGCUGGUGCCAACAGGGAGAGGCAGUGCCACGGCUCAGCUGUGCUGAGCUGAGCUCCCAGCAUUACGGACAGAGCAGCAGAACCCGUCCUGUGUCUCCCUGCUCUUUGCUGGGAGGUGGCAUUCUGCUGGUCCUGCUCAGCUUAUCUGAGCUGCCGACCUCCUGGGCGUUUUGUGUGGGCCUUUUAACAAGAGCAAGAACUUCAGAAGUUCUCACCAGAAAUAUUUAAAACCCUUUCUCCCCCUGCCCUCAUUAGACAGGUUCAAAGCCAGGUGUGUGUCACUUCUCAUACAUCCUCUUGCCCUCUGCACUUGCUGCAGUAUUAAGUGUUACUGAUAGUUAAAGCAAGCUUUGAACUGCGGCACUUUUUAAUCAAGCUCCGUUUUCAAGUAGGACUUUCUGGUUUCCAUAUGACCUGAAGUGCUCCUCCUGGGGGACUGUGCAAGUACCUGGAGCUGAAUGAAAACACUCGAUGGCUUCUAAAGCAAAGCCCCCCACCUCUCCAGGCUGAGCACUGCGCCUGUGUCCUUGCCAGGCUGCAGGGGGAGGAUGUGAGGGGCCUGUUUCCUUCAGCUUAUCCUGAGCAGGCACUGGCAGCCCUUGCUAGUGAAUUUAAACAUCCCCUAGCGUUCCAGGGAAGCUGAUGUGGCAUCUUUGGUGCCAGAUGAGCAAGAUGCUCUGCAGGUGGCUGGUGUCUCAUUUAGGAAGAGUGGCAGUAGCUGUGCAGCUCGGAGAGUAAAUUCGGUGGGCAGUUGAGCUGGGGGGGUGUGUGAGGCGUGGGGCAGACAGCUGCUCCCUCCCCUGUCUGCAUGGCAGGGGGAUGGCAGGUGCUGUGCUGGGGCAUGCUGGGCCGUCCUGUCCUCUUGCAGCAGCUGUGAGCCAGGCAGAGCCAAAGGAGGAAUUUGAUGCUAAUGAAAGCAGCCUUCAGAAGGCUGGAAGAGCUGCAGGGGCUGCUCUUCUAUCGAGUGCACAGGUGUGGCUUCAUGAGGAGGCCGCUGUAUUUCCUACUGCACUGCCUGCCCUUGUGCAAGGCACUCAGCUCAGCCUCGUCCCUCCAAGGGCCGAUUUGAAUUUCUUGUCUCCACACUGCGUUGCCUACCAGAGAACCUUACUGACCCACGUUACUCUGCCCCACACAUCCUCCCUUCCCCGCUCAGGGCCGCCCUCCAACUGGCCUGGGCUCAGGCUGCCCAGCCCCUCCGCACGCUGCAUCCUCUCUGCGCUCCCCUCCUGCCCCCUGGGGCCGCCACUGCCUGUGCCAAAGCACAGCUGCUCCUGGGCCCCGCUGUGAGCCCCACCUCUUCCAAGGACCGGCCGCCUCCUUUGCUGGUCUAGCUCUGAAGCUGUGCCUUCUCUUGCUGGCCGUGGUGAGCAGCCCUCCCUGGGCACGCUGUGGCUGCUGGGCCUGGCGGUGGGCCGUGCCGUGGCACCCAGACAGUCAGAAGAGCUGUGGUCCCCGAGGAGCGCGGGAGCUUUUAGAAAUAAAUCAGCCCGAAUUCCCGAACACCUGCUGUCUGGAGCAGCAAAACAAACCUGUCCCGAGAACUGGAGUGAUUGAGGGAAGGGAACUCCGAUGGUGAGAGCGUUUUUCACACAGAACAUGACAUAGCAAUGCCUUAAAAGUGAUGGGAGGGAAUGGGAAGGGGUGCUGAGCAGAGCAGGGUGCUGCGGGCUGUCGGCCCCCCCUCAGCCAGCGGAUCCAUCGUCGUUGGGCUGCCAUGCAGACAUGUCACAGGUUCUCUGUGGUGCUCGGCCCGAAAGCAGUCCAUUUUCAAUAAAAAGGGAUUCAAACAACAACCUGCACUCCUCUGUUCUGCCUGCCCUGCGCUCCCCGUCGCACAGCGCAUCCUGCAGGGAGCUCAGGGGACGGGGCAGAGGCCCUCAGUGCUGCUGCUCCAUCACUGCUGCUGCCAGCUCCAUUAACACAGCUCCACUUUCCCCUUCUCAAUUAUACCUCCUCACACUUAAAACCAAACAAAUUGAAUUGCUCUGCUGCCUCAGGCUGCAAAAGCCGUUUCUGCCAACAAAUUUAUUGUCGCCGUAAAGCGCAGCUUGAUUUAUGUUAAAAUAUUAAAACAGAUCUUUAUGAUGGAAAUAAACAUUUUGCUGCGAUUCUC